AUGUGUGACCGCAAUGGUGGGCGACGGCUCCGGCAGUGGCUGAUCGAGCAGAUUGACAGCGAGCUGUACCCUGGGCUCAUCUGGGAGAAUGAGGAAAAAACCAUGUUCCGCAUCCCGUGGAAACACGCCGGGAAGCAGGACUACAACCAGGAGGUGGAUGCCUCCAUUUUCAAGGCCUGGGCUGUCUUCAAAGGCAAGUUCAAAGAAGGUGACAAAGCGGAGCCGGCCACGUGGAAGACGCGACUGCGCUGCGCCUUGAACAAGAGCCCUGACUUUGAGGAGGUGACAGACAGGUCCCAGCUGGACAUCUCCGAGCCCUACAAGGUCUACAGGAUCGUGCCAGAGGAGGAACAGAAAUGCAAAGCAGUCAUUGCCAACGGGAGCAGCCUGAAUGACGUCACGGAGAUGGACUGCAGUUCCUCUGCAAUCGAUGACCUCAUUAAAGAGCCCCCCUGUGUAGAUGAAUACCUGGGGAUCAUCAAGAGAAGCCCCUCGCCCCCCCAGGAGACCUGCAGAAACCCCCUGAUACCCGACUGGUGGGUGCAGCAGCCCAGCCCCACGUUGCCCUUGAUGAACGGAUACUCUGGCUACGAGCAGCAUCAUUCGGGUUACUCCCAGAUGGUGAUCAGCUUCUUCUACGGUGGGAGGCUGGUGGGCCACAUCACCACCACGUGCACUGAGGGCUGCCGGAUCUCGCUCAGCCAGCCCUCCAGCCACGGUGAGAAGCUGUAUGCCCCAGAUGCCCUGGAGCAUGUGCAGUUCCCCUCAGCCGAUGCCAUCCAGAAUGACCGCCAGAAGCAGAUCACCAGGAAGCUCUUUGGGCACCUGGAGAGGGGUGUCCUGCUGCACAGCAACAAGCAGGGCAUCUUCAUCAAGAGGCUGUGCCAGGGCAGGGUCUUUUGGAGCGGGAACACCAUGGUUUACAAGGACAGGCCCAACAAACUGGACCGGGAUGAGGUGGUGAAGAUAUUUGACACCAACUUGUUCUUCAGAGAGCUGCAGCAGUUUUACAACAACCAGGGCCGCUUCCCAGACAGCAGAAUCACGCUGUGUUUCGGAGAGGAGUUCCCGGAUGCCGUGCCCCUGCGGUGUAAGCUUAUCCUUGUCCAGGUGGAGCAGCUGUGUGUCAGGCAGUUGGUGGAGGAGGCUGGGAAGACCUGCAGCAGCACCAUGCUCCCCAUAGCUGAUGAGACACAGCACGACCAGGUGUACAGGAUCUUCCAGGACAUCUGUGCGACGCAUCAGCGGCCGCUCUUCAGAGAAAACCAACAGAUUGCUGUUUGA